CACGCUGGGAGCUUUCAGUCACCUAUCCCCAUCAUGGCGUCCCGUGUCCUGCUGCAGUGUGUCCGCUCGCUCGCCCGGCCCUCGCUGAGGCUGUCCUCGGCUAACCUGGCAGUCAGAGCCGCUGCAGCCCCGGUAGCAGCCCUCCACCGACCCCUCUCUUUCGCCGCAGACAGCCGGAGGACGCGAUGGCUCGGACAGAGCUCGAUCCCUUCAGUAGGCGUUCUGUGCCGACAGUACGGGGACCUGCCCCCCCUCACCCUAGAGACCAUCAAAGAGCGCGUCAUGUACGUCCUCAAGCUCUACGACAAGAUCAACCCCGAGAAGCUGCAGACGACCUCCCACUUUAUGAAAGACCUCGGCCUGGACAGCUUGGACCAGGUGGAGAUCAUCAUGGCCAUGGAGGAUGAGUUUGGCUUUGAAAUCCCUGAUGCAGAAGCAGAAAAGUUGAUGAGUCCUGAGGAGAUUGUACAGUAUAUCGCAGACAAGAAGGACGUUUAUGAAUAAGCUGUUCUCAAACUCACUGCAGAGAGAGGUUGACCCCGGCGUGACCCCACAGGAAGUAGCAGAUGGGCACCAAACCAUUUCCCACUUCCUCCCCGUCAGCUCUUCUGUCCGUAACAGCACUGUCAUCGUCGGCUGCCAGUCUUGUGUUUGACUGUAUUUAAAUGAACAUGUGCUUUUGGAGCGUGGAGACAAAACAGAAUAUUAAACAAGGUUCUAUCACCGUUCUAUUUUUGUGUUCUUCUUCCAGCUCCACCCUGUGGUUCUGAUGUAUAAUUUCUCAUGAAUAAAUCAAUAAAGACACAUGCUGUGAA